AUGAACCGCCGGUCGGCGGUAUUUGCGCUCGUUCUUGUCGUCUCGGUAAUUGCACUCGAUGUGAUUCAAGCCAACUUGGCCGCCAGUUCCUCCUCCGAGUGCUGCAACACUUGCAUCGGCAAGACCUCGUCCGCCCCCUACAGCUACGACCCCGUUGUCUUCAAUGACUGCACCAAGGUAACAGGAGGUGUCUGCUGCUUCGACUGUGGUAGCCUGGGCGACCCAGCCUAUGGUGACAGCGUCUCAUACGGAGACGACGGCGUGACGGCCGUCGUGAAGGCUGGAUCCUACAUUUCGUUCACGUGGAGUGGCGUGGAGAACGUCACGUACGUGUCUCUCAAGACCGGCCAGAAGAAAACGGUGACGCCUUCGAGCUCGGAUACGGCAGCGGAGAAGAAGUCCGACACGUUCUUGAUCUGCGCAAAGGCUGCCGGCACCAUUUACUUUCGAGGGUGGGGCAGUGACGCGUGUCGCGAGGCGUCUCCGGAGCACGUGGUGACUGUGGAGGCGGGCGAUUCCGGCGACAAUACGUGCAAUGCGAACGACGUAAAGAUACCGACUUCGGCUCCGAGUUCUAGUAAGACUUCGGGCUCCAGCUCGCUCCCUGCGGAUGAGACGGUGGACAGCUGUAACGACCAGCGAGCGAGUGUGCAGGUGGUCGAUGGCACGCGGACUUGUGUGUGCGUGUCGGACUGGACGAACCCUCCCGAAUGUGACCGGUGGCCUGUGUGGAAGUGGCUCGUGACGAUCGGCGGUGCUCUUGCGACAGUGUUUUCAAUUGCGCUCUCGGUGCGAGCAUUCGUGCAGAGUAAAAAGAAGAAACAAGAAGAGGAAGAGAAUUAUCAGAUGAACCUGUCCACGAAGAAACAUGAAGAGGACUAUAAAGAGAAUCUGGCUCCGAUGGGAACCAAAAGCGAUGUCGGACCGCUGGAUUUGACGCCCGAGACUGGGUACCACGGCGCUGCUAUGACUCCGUCCAAGGAGGUGCAGCGGACUCCUGGAGGCACGCGGAAACCAGAUGAACGCUUAUUUUCGCUAUGA